UCAUCCAUUGUUGUUUUGUUUCCUAACAACAGAUAGAACUGUGGCAAAAUAACUAAUACUUUAGUUUUGCACUUUAUUUCAAUAGUUGUUUUUCAGUGAAACUACAAAUAAUAGCAAUGGGUAUCGAUAUUCAUGUAUUGUAACUUCAUUCUUGGACCAUAUUGAAGCAAGCUCAAUCCACAUCAGCAUUACGAAAAAAUAUGGAGCAAAUGCAAACUUCUACCAGCCAAGUGCUCCCCCACAUUGUACAAGUUUACGAGCCUACUAUAACAGACACCAAGAUACAGAGCCGGCAGAUCAUCCUGUCUCACCCGCCACUCACUUCACAGAGCAAUGUUUAUCAACCUAUGUCUGAACCUCUGCAUAUGCAUUCACAACAUAUAGCGCAUGAGAUUAGUCAGAUACAGACGUCUCAGAACUUAGUGAUGUCAUGUCAGCAGACUCAUUUGCAAAGCCUGCCAUUGCAAGGACAAAUGUCUUCUCAAGUCCUGCAACCAUCGGCCCCCUUGCAAUUAACAUCGCACAUGAUCCUGCCACAAGCGGCUAUGUUUAAGCAGCACAUGCUAGUUAACAGCGUACAGCACCAGUAUUAUAGCUACGAGACGUAUCAGAAGGAGGAGUUGUUCCAGAAGGAUUGCGAGGCUAAAGUGGAGCCGGGCUUGACGGCCAUCGGUGAUAAACAGAUAGAGUGCAAGCCAGAGGAAGUGGAAAUAACGCACCAUUCCAUAGACAUUCAUAUUGAAAACAUAACGAACAAACGGUCCAGAAGCGUAGUCCCUAACCCCAACCAAUGGGCCUGCAACAUCAGGAAACUGAAGCACCAACGAGGAGAAGCCUACAUCAGUCGCCGGGGCAAAUAUGUCCCAGAACGGAGGGUCCAAAACACCAAAGAUUGCCUAAAAACCUGCAAAUAUAAAUGCAAUGAGAGAAUAGACGACACAGAUAGAGAACACAUCUUCAAAGCAUUCUAUUCCUUAAACGCUAAUGAGAAAAAACAUUUCUUACUUAACACCACAGAAAGAAACUAUGUCAAACAUAAUAAGUUAGACGCUGAUCGAAAAAGAAGGUACUCUUUUAAAUAUUUCUUCCUAGUUAGAGCAGUUAGAUAUACAGUAUGUAAGAAUUUCUAUUUAGGAACAUUAGCAAUAUCUCAAAAGCCGGUCUACAAUGUGCAUUUAACAAAAUCUGAGAUGAAUAUUCCGAAGCCAGACGGUAGAGGUCUAAAUCAAGCAAGCGCUCAUGCUAUGCCGCAAGAAAUAAAAGAUAAGGUAAGAAACCAUAUAUUAUCUUUUAACACAUUAGAUGGGAAACAAAUAAAGCAGUUUUCUAGAAAAAAACAGUAUCUAGAUCCUAACUUAAGUAUAAAACAGAUGUAUACAAUGUAUUUUACUGAGUGCAGUAAAGAGAACGCUAUGGCUGUGAAGGAGUCAAUGUAUAGGAAGAUAUUUAAACAGGAGUUUAAUUUGCAUUUUAAAAAGACGAAGGAUGGUCAGCUGUGCUGUCGAUGUAAGGGCCCAGUGAAGAAGAAGUCACCAUAGUUAUAGGAUCUGGAUCGAGUUACUAAAGUAUAGCUUGGCAAAAAAGAAUAAAAAAUAAUAGGGGCGGUGGCCGUCUAUAAUUGUUUGCAUCUGGCAACACUGGCAACUAUUGAGUCACUUUUGUAUGAGAAAAGUAAGACUUGCUAUGAUAA